GAUCAAAGAUGGCGUGGCAACCUGAUCAGAAUGGUCUGCAGCAAAUUAUUCAGCUUCUUAAAGAGUCUCAAUCACCAGAUACAGCUACACAACGCGCUGUCCAAGAAAAACUUGAGGAGCUGAACAAGUAUCCAGAUUUUAACAACUACCUGAUAUUUGUGCUAACGAAGCUAACAUCAGAAG